AUGUCUUUUGGAGCUGUAACGGAAUCUUUUAGCAGAGUGUUGCUGGAAACAGCGACAUCAAUAUUGCCUCGUUGGAGCACUCCAGCAGCUGGUACUGCAUUGCCACAGAAACUGCUGGAAUUGCUUGAAAGAAACCAACGUGAAAAGUCUUCACCUCAAGCGGAUUACUUUACGAAUAACGGGAUCCUUCUAGCUGUGCCCAAGAAGAAAGUGUCGCAUCAGAAGAAGAGACAAAAGUUAUAUGCGCCUGGAGACAAACAGCUGAAAAUGAUCAACCAUUUGAACAAAUGCCCUUCAUGUGGGCAUUACAAGAAGGCACAUACGCUAUGUAUGCAUUGUGUGGGUGAAAUCCGUCACAUCUGGAAGGCUCACACUAACGUUGAACAAGUGGAGCCUAUUCAAGAACAAGAGUUGUCUGAAUUGGACAAGCGUAUCUUGUAUCCUGGUAGAAAAGAAACUGAAUACACAAAGAAACUGAAGGACAAGGAUGCUUAUUUGGAGAGACGUAUGAAAACUCUGCCAGUGGAGAGAUCUGAGAAGAAAGAAGGAUCACAUUAA